AUGUCCCUAAUAAGCAUCCUCCUCCUUGCUUCCACUCUGGUGCCGGCCGGCUCGGUGUCGACGCCGACCUACCGCAUCGAGCUCACCCACGUGGACGCCAAUGGUGGCUUCACCAGGGAGGAGCUCCUCCAGCGCGCCGAGGACAGGGCAGAGCUGAAAGCAGCCAUGCUAUCAAACACAGACGCCAAAUACACAACCAGUGCCGAAUAUAGCACCUACGAGUACCUGAUGGAACUUGAGAUCGGCGAGUCGCGGCAGCGCUUCAAGGCCGUGGCCGACACCGGCAGCGAAAUGGUGUGGACGAAGAAGCUGGAGAACUGCCGUUGCGACGCCUCGCACACCUUCACCCGCUGGUCCUGCUCCCACCCCGACGUCAUUUCAGAGGCUAAUCCCAAACAAGUACCGUGCGGGUGCGAGGCGAGCACAGCAGCAGGCAGCUGCUGCAGCAAGGACGGGCCGUGCAUGUUCAAGAAGAGCUACGGCAGCGGCAGCGCCUCGGGGUUCAUGGCUACUGAGAAUCUGGCCUUGCCGGGCAAGGAUCCCAUCCGCGCCCGCUUGGGCUGCGCCAUCGACAGGGGCAACAAAAUGUUGCUGCCGCCAUCCGCCGACGGGGUCGUCGGGCUUAACAGCGGCAAAGACUCGCUCGUGAGGCAGCUGGAUGUCAAAAAGUUCGCAUACUGCCUCAGCAAACGGCCGCUUGAUGGUAAAACCGCGCCGAGAAGCUGGCUCUUGUUCGGCGAUGAACUUAAGCUCAGCGCUGCCGACAGCAUGUCGUCCUCCGUGGCGACCACGCCGCUGGUCCACGCCUCGGACGCUAAGCAGAAUCGCGUGGGAAAUUUGAAGUACCACGUGCAGCUGGAUGGCAUCUCCAUUGGCACAGAUGAGAUGCACGAGUCGGUCCCAAAGGAGAGCUUCAAACUGAAGAGCGAUAAGGAUGGGAACAAGGGGGUGAUGUUCGUAGAUUCGGGCGCCUCCAUCACGUACCUUGAGAAGAGUGUUUUUGAGCGACUCCUCAAGCUGCUAAACAUGGAAAAGUUCAAGCUGGUAGCCGAUGGUAACGAAAAUGAUAAUAAUAAUAAUAAUAAGAAGAAAUAUUGUUACCGGCUAGCUCAUGGAGUGAGCGAGGGGCCACAACUGGUGCUCCACUUCCACGAAGCCAAGAUGCAUCUUCCCUGGGCCAACUAUAUGGUCGAGAGCGAGCUUGGGUCAGGGUUGUUCUGCUUGAAAAUCGGUGAGCACAAGGAGCAUUCGGUCCUGGGCAAUUUCCAGCAGCAGAACAUGCACAUGCUCUUCGACCUCGCUCACAACAAGCUGCAGUUUGCUCUGCACAAGGACUGCAGUAACCUGUGA